ACGGGAUAGUCCCUUGGUUAUUACGAGGCAUGGCUGGAUACGGUACUUGUCAUUUUUUGUAAGCUUCCGGGUCAUUUCAUCAGAGAGUGUCCUUUUCGAGGACAGCCUAACGGCGCCGAGAUGGCUGCGCGUAUUCAGGGAUCAUUGGGAGGAGGUGGAAGGAGUGAUGGGGGCGGGUUGUUGCCAGCGCCUAGUUCUUCGAACGCGAUCGUACCAUACGUUGCACCGCAGAACAAGGGAUACGGUAACAGCAAUUACAAUGGUGGGCAGGACAAUGGCGGGCAGCGUUAUUCGAGACCCUGGAAUGGUGGUUAUCGAGACCGGGAGCGUGACAGGGAUGAGAAGAUUGAUAGGUUAUAUGCGAUGAUGUCUGAGCAAAUUGAGGAGCAGGAAAAGCGGAAGCGCGAGGCCGCUAAGCUUGAGCUUCUUCAGGAAGAGAAGAAGAGGCUUCAGGCGGAAGAAGACAAACGGAUCCAAGCCGCUAAAGAUUGGGAGCAGCAGGAGGCUAGACUGGGUCAUAUCGUACGUAGCAGUGUGAAGGCGGUGUGCGAAUCGGCCUUGGGGUGGAAGGUCGAUAUUCCCGAGGACGAGGACGAGGAGGUUGUCAAGCUUAGGAAGGAGUUAGAGGCUCUGAGAGCUCAGACGGUCGGGGGAGUUAAUGAAUCUAGGGUUGAUUUUCUAAGAAGGGAGAAGGAGGCUCUACUUAAGAAGAAGGAUUUAGAGAGCGAGGAGGAGCGUCUCCGACAGGAGAUUGCCGAGUUGAAAAGCCGUCAGGAAAAAGGAAAAGAGAGCCACGAUGUGGGAAAGGAGGACGGGUUGCUGGCCAUGCAACUACAAAUUCAAGAACUUAGCACGAUCAGAUCUGCGCUGGAAGAGAAGAACGCGAAGCUAUCAUCCUUGAAGACAAAAAACAAUCAUCUGAGGAAGGAGUUUCCAGAGUUACGAGAAGAAGUGGUACUGAUACGGGGGAAGAGGGACGUGGCCGUUGUCACUGAGAGCAGCCCUCCUGAGGAGCCAGCAAAGGGGAAGCAGAAAGCGGAUCCAAAAUUCACUACUAUGUACACCCCUAAGGACCUCGAAGCGCUGCAAAAAGCGUACAAGCAGGCACUGGCCGCGAAGGAGAUGGCGUUAAGAGAGGCUGAAAUGGCAAAGGAACGGAUGGCAAGGAUGGGUGCCUCUCGUAUUCGGCUUACAUCAAGGAAGGCUUCAGCUAGGAAGACCACGCCUACGAACUUGAGAACUAGCUUCCAGGCGGUGGAGGUUGGAUCGGACGAGGAGGAAGAGGAGCACGAAGGGGGCUUGGUAGCAGGCAAGGCCAAGACGAGGCCGAUUGUGGACGUUGCGCAUGACUUGGAGGAAACCCGGAUGAUUAAAUUCCGGGAUGUACGGAUGAAGGAGAUUCGUCAGGCAAAAAAGGCGGACAUGGAGAUUGCAUGUGUGGAGGAGGGAAUCAGCUACAUCAAAUUGGACCAAGCUAGGACGGACGUCGCUGAGAUCAGAGCCAGACGGGACUUUGACGUCUGGCUUAAAGACAGGGAUCGGAAAGGAGGGUCAGAACCGGAUAAAGACGAGGACGAUUCUGAGCAGAGCUACGCUACCUCCACAGAAGACGUUCACGAGGGGUGAGGACACUCCCUGAGCGCGUCCAAUCUUUGGGAAUUAGCUCACUUCUGCAGGGAUUUCCGUAAUGAGCUUCCCGCGGCUAAGCUUCAAGU